AUGCCUGCCACUUCACAGCAGCAACAACAACAACAACAACAGCAACAGCAACAACAGCAACAACAACAACAGCAACAACCACACGGAGACACUACCAAUGAACAAUGGAACCCAGCAGUAACAUUCGACCUUCACAGCCAAACCUCGCCAUCGUCCCCGCCUCCUCCCCCUCAGCAACAGCAACAACAAGCAGACACCAUCUCACCCGGAGUCACCUUCUCGGACGAUCAGUAUGAGCAGUAUGACUCUGACAUGGAGCCAGAGCUUGACUUGGGCGUUUCACGCGAGACCUUACACGAAGGUCAGGUUCUGAAGGCUGGCUUUCUUCACAAGAAGGGCGAACGUAUCAAGAUCUGGAAGAAAAAGUGGUUCGUGCUCCGGACGUCCAAACUCGCCUACUACAAGGAUAGCAAAGAGUACGAGCUCCUCCGCAUCAUCGAUAUCCGGGACAUUCACAAGGCCGCAGAGAUGGUCGUUAAAAACAAGACAGGCGUCUUUGUCAUCGUGACCCCACGGAGGACUUUUACCGUCCAGGCCGACAGCGCCGCCGAGAUGGAACAGUGGGUCAAUGCGAUCAACCAGGCCAAGAUCCAGCACGACUUUGCCUCAAGUUCCGACAUGGAUUCAUAUGCUGGAUCCACCCCACAGUUGGAUCAUCCGAGUUCAGCACCCCAGCCUGGUUCUGCAGUCGCUGCAGGAAAACGACCCGAAUUGGUCAAGCAGGGUUCUGGAACAUUUAUGCCUCCUCGCCAAAACUCUCUUUCGCUCUCAGACCCAGGACUCGCCAACAGUGGUGAAAAUCCCACCAGAGCAGGCAGGAAUAUGUCUCCCCCAACAUCUUCCCCCUUGUCGAGGAACGAGCCAAACCUUUCUGGUCUCUCGUUGGGGAUUAUGAGCCAAUCGUUGGGGCAGUUACCCUCCUCUGCAAGCUCACCCCCUCAUCAUCCGUCGGGACCCACCGUUGCAUCAAACCGGAUCCUGCAGCAGCAACAGUCGCCUCACAGGACAGCUGAUGGCUUAUCGUUGAUCACUUCUGGAGCAAAGGCAACUCGCAUCGGCGGUUCUCCGGCGUCACCUCCACGAGACGAUGGCCUUCAGGCCGAUCUUGCUCCCAACUCCCUCUCAUCCAACUUUUCAUCCAACACUUCUCCCAAGACACCCACGUCUCCGGAAUAUGGCUCUGGUGGAGAGCAGUAUGGCCAUGGCGAGCACAAUGUGUCAUCGGAAGAGGAGGAAGAUAUUGGCGAUGAUCCCACAGUUCUUGAGGCAGGACGCGUUGCAGCAGCAGCUAAUGCACCAGGAUCCGGAUUGGUGACAGGCGAGCAGUUGGAGAGCAAGGUCGUUCGGCAAGGGUACCUCUUGAAGCUGGGCAACACUUACAAGACUUGGCGCAAGAAAUGGUUCGUGCUCCGCGGCGACAAACUGACAUACUACAAGAACACGAAGGAGUACCAACCUUUGGGUAUCAUCCCAUUGUCGAGCAUCAUCGACGCAUUGCAGACGGACCCUGUGUCAAAGCACAAGCAGUACUGCCUUCGGAUUGUCACGGCGAAACGGAGUUUUGUCUGCUGUGCGCCUGACGAGGACACGCUCUUGUUGUGGCUGGAUGCAAUUCAUGUCGAGUGCGACCGUGUAGCCCUGGAAUCGCAGCGAGAGCAGGAUGGCGAGGAUUUGUUGUCGGAUCCAAGAGCCAUGGGUCGUGUUGCCCACAUGAAUGCUACUCAAGGAGGAGCAGGAGCAACACCAACAGUAGGAGGCGCUGUACCCCGGUCAGGAUCAAGGUCGGGUCUGGCACCAGCUGCGGUGUCCAGCAGCAUACAAUCUACUGGGUCGCAGCUCAAGAAGGUGCUCAAUCAGGAGAGCGGCGGUGAAGCUGGCGGAGGUGGAGGCGGAGGCGGGAGUGGUCCUUCUGUCUCGUUCUCCACAUCUCCUGCUGUUGGCGGACCAUUGCUGGUUCCUCAUGCUGCUGGAGGCAACUUGUCGUCCUCCUUUGCGACCUCUCCGUCGCGAUCAUACCAUACUCAAGAGGGUCUAGCGCGCCCUACCACUGUGACCUUCAGCACAUAA